AUGUCUGGAUCAUACACUGUUUUGGGUGGUAUGUUUGACCCAAAACAUAGCAUGACAUCAGUAGGCAUUAACAAUGGUUGGAUCAAAUCAGAGGAAAAUCCACCCUUCACCAAGGACCUGUCAGGACCUGGCAGCUUAAGCAGAUGUGGGGGUAGGUUGUCCAACUUUAGAGAUGUCUAUCUCUCUUUGGUAGUUGUUCUAACCAGUAUCACCCUUGAUUCAAACACAAUAUUCACCCUUGACCAUCAAAUUAUUUGCCAAUACCAAGAAAUUUGCAAGAAUCCGCCUUUGUCUCUUGUCGCUGUUCCACAAUGA